AAGGGUCUUAUUUGACCAAAAACAUUCGUUAGGGAAUCAGUUGAUUGAUACGUGAAACUUAAGAGGCUAAUUUAUAAUUUUUCGGUUUCUUUUAUUUACAUCCUGCUCCAUACAAAAUGAUUCGGAGAUCGAUUUCGACGGCGCCGAAUUGCAGAGGCUUGCUCUUCAAGUUCAAUUACGAAGAGAGCGUCGCCGGAGUUGCAAAAUUGUUUCUUUUCAAGAAAGGAGAAAAAUGGAUAUUAAGAUUGGAGGUUCCAUUCAGAAGAUUAAUGGUAAAGAACUGAGCUAUCGCGAUUUUGCCGAGAGAUACUUGGCCAAAAACGAGCCGGUGGUACUUACAGGUCUCAUGGAUGAUUGGCAAGCUUGCAAAGACUGGGUUACCCAUGAUGGAAAACCUAACCUCCGUUUCUUCUCCACCCACUUCGCCAAAUCCAAAGUUGAGGUUGCAGAGUGUGGGACUAGAGAAUUAACAGAUCAGAAGAGGGUAGAAAUGUCUGUCUCAGAGUUUGUUGACCAUUGGCUUGAGGAUUCCAUGGACAAUCACGUGGGUAAAGAGAAGUCCUUGCUGUAUUUAAAGGACUGGCAUUUUGUAAAGGAGUACCCAGAAUAUGUAGCGUACACAACUCCACUGGUUUUUUCUGAUGAUUGGCUCAAUCUGUAUCUUGACAAUUAUCGAAUGCACAAGGAUCCUGAUACUUACCAAGAGAAUAAUGAAAUAUGUUGUUCUGACUAUCGUUUUGUUUAUAUGGGAGCAAAAGGAUCUUGGACGCCUCUUCAUGCUGAUGUUUUCAGGAACAUGAGAAGCUGUGUGUAUAAUAUCUUUGAAGAUGUUAGUGAAACUAAAUUCCCUGGUUUUGAUAAGGCUAUAUGGCUGGAAUGUACUCAGGAAGAGAAUGAAAUGAUCUUUGUGCCAAGUGGAUGGUAUCACCAAGUUCAUAAUCUGGAGGAUACAAUAUCAAUAAACCACAACUGGUUCAAUGCCUACAAUCUUUCAUGGGUGUGGGAUCUGCUCUUAAAAGAUUACAAGGAGGCCAGGGAUUACAUAGAGGACAUCAAAGACAUUUGUGAUGAUUUUGAAAAUCUCUGCCAACGUAAUCUGGCAGCAAAUACAGGCAUGGAUUUCUAUGAUUUCUUCAUCUUCAUAUCCCGCUUCUCCUUGGCUAUUGUGGUCCAGCUUUACUCUCUACUUAUCAACACAAACUUUGAAAGUCCAAUUCAGAGUUGGUCCCCAACAGCUUGGCAUUUAGUUUUUAACCUAGCAUCUAUACGGAGAAUAGCAUUAAACAUGAAGUCUGAAGGUUGCCUAACAGGAAACUAUGGCAUUUUAGAUUUGAGUGAAUCAUGGGACAACCCUCAGUUUCUUAAAUUGUGUGCUGACUUGGGAAGGACAUAUACAAUGAUCCAUGAUCAAGAGAGCCGGAGAUUUAGUGUAAAGGAAGUUUUUAUGGUUCUUUUGGAAGAAAAUAUCCUUCGAAUCUGUGCUCCUGAAGAUUUGGUUAAAUUUAUAGACUUCUCUGUUGUCAAAAUCAGUGCUAGUUUUGGAAAAGAAAACAUUUUACUGUCUGUAUUAGAUGAUACUCAGCCGCAUGUAAAUUGUGAAUGUGAAGCCAAAGGUGACCAUGCCCUUUAUUAGAUCUAUUCAUGGAUAUAAGAUUCAAGAAAAAUUUACUGUUUUAUUGGAAGAUUAAUGUUUAGUCAUGAAUAAAUCGCAAUGUUCAGG